AUGAAGCUGUGGUUAAUUGCUGCCAUUACUCUCUCUUUUGGAGUUCAAGUCGUGUUGAGCUUGAAGUGUUUGUCCUGCACCAGUAAGAAGUCAUGGGAUGACUGUAAAGGAAAAAGCAUAUCCUGCAAGGCUCCGGCUACCGAUGCAUGUAUUAAGAUUUACUUGAAAUCUGGUUCAAGGGAAUUAUUUGCAAGAGGUUGCAGUACCAAUGCUGGCUGUCACACGGAAACCAACCCUUUUUGUAAAGAAGCCAACGAGUGUGACAUCUAUUGCUGCAACGGUGACGACUGCAAUGCUGGCAAUGCUGGCACAGCAACCCACACCAGCGGUGUUCUGUUGCUGUCAUGCGCCCUGGCCUCUCUUGUGAUCUUUUUCAAAGCUUAAUUUGAGGUCACGUACGGCUAAUGAGCAGUGCUGUAACUAAGUAUAACACUUUUGUAAUGUAAUGAAUGUCACA